AUGUCGGAUAAUACACAAGACGUACAGGUGAAAGGCUCGAGUGUACAAAAGCCCGCAGAAACUGUCUCUUUCCUCAUAGAGAAUCAAGAGAUCCAUGUUAACAAAGCAAUUCUCUUCCGUAAAGUUCAUCGCUUCCGAGGUGAAAGCUUUCCUAUCACCUUGAACAUAGACCUCUUAUCAUUCGUGGCGUUUACAAUAUGGCUACACGGGGAUAUAUUGCCAGAAUUGAACAGCGUUUACCACGAGGAACAGGGCCACAUUACAUACUUCGGUUACGACCCCGAAGCACUGUACAAAUUCGCCACAGCCUUGAAUCUGGAACCUCUCGCCGACAAUAUCAUGGAUUGUAUGAGAAAAGCACACCUUUCUGUGGGUAUCGGAUUCACCAAAGCUCAAAUUGAGAAGAUAUAUAACGACCGAAUUAUACGUUGUGGCUUCAGUCUUUUUGCUUCUCUAUGGAUACGUCUCGAGGAAACACGCCCAAACAAUUACUUGAAACUUCUGACGAAGGCUGAUCGUGAUGAGCUUUUGAAAAAUGAAUUUAUCGCUGUGGAUGUAAAUCUACAUCGCCAAGCAUGGUUCUCGGGAAAUCAAAGUCGAUGCAGAUUUCAUCUUCAUCAAUUUGACAUCGGCGAGCCGUGUACUCGAACCCACAGUAUCAGUGUCCGCUCGUGGGUGCUUGAUAAAGAUGGAUCGUUUAGAGAGUUGGAUGAGUGGAGAGCGCAGAGAGGCUAUUGA